AAUAUACAUAUGCAAAGAAAGCAAUAACUAAAAUAAAAUUUGCAAAACGAAUUUUUUAACUUCUUAAAAUAUAUCCUGUGUUGUUUUUCAUAAGUUUUUCACGAUUUUUCACCAAAUGGACGAGUCUGAACUGCUCUUCAAUUUGUUCUACCUUUUAUUAUGUAUGUGUAUUAUAUAUCCACCAGAGGAGUUUCAGCGUCUGGGUUUAACUAUCGAACAAAUUUUCAUUAAACUGUUGGGUGAUGAAAACCUCAAUUUCGUACACUACCAUCAACGUCGCACAUCAUUGAAUUUAUUUGUACACAGCUGCUUGCCUGCACUGUAUUUUCUCAUACACAAAUUAAAGUUCUCUGUAUUUGCGGAACGCGAAUUGCCUGAAAAUGUAGAUUUGGAUCCGGAUUUUCCAAUGCCACAAGAAGCUGUUGCAUUUAAAACGCUCACAUGGAAAAUCGCACAACGUUUUAGUUUAAUGGCAGUCUUGGCAAUGCCGGCUUUAAUAUUCAAUUGGCAGCAGCAAAACUGGCGGCGUCAUCCAAUCAGCCAGACAUUAUUGAAAUUCUCCAAUGUGCCAGAUAGUUAUCACACUGUUGCGAGCGACAUAAGCACUGAAUUUCGAAGACUCGACAUAUAUAAAAAGAAGCUGAACUCCAUAUCGACAGUUAUAGCAACAGAAAACUGGAUAAUUAAAACUUCGCUUUAUAAUGUACAUUUUGCCCACCAAAGCGAUACUUCCCUCAGUGUAGCCAAAACAGAAACUUACAACGUUUCACAAGACACUAACGAUACCUUACAAAUGGUGAGCAUAGUAGUGAAACCAAAUCGACAAAAGGUCGCUGACUUUCACAUACGCAUCAAUGCUUUAGAAUUUCGCAAUCUGGAGGAGCGAAUUAGUCGACCUAUUGCCAUACCAUCAAACAUACAAUUCCAUCGCAACGUAAUAGAUCGUUUUAUAGAUGUUUUYAAAGAACAAGUGACUAAAAAUCCAAUUUACAAAGCGGAUAGGAUAGCAGAAAGGUGCUUUGCUUGUAUGAUUGCUGAGCCAAAUAUAAAAAUUCAUAAACAAUGUGAAGAUGUUGAUCGUGAUGGACGUCCACUGUCAGCGGAGAAUACUUGUACAAAUUGCUAUUGCCGACCAAUGUGGUGCGUUGAUUGUCUUGCGCGUUGGUUUGCUGCACGUCAGAGUGAACACGAUCGAGAAGUAUGGCUUGAACAGAAAUGUACCUGCCCUAUGUGUCGUGCCAAAUUCUGUCUUCUCGAUGUCAGCUACAUUGAGAAGCGUGAUAUAGUGGAAACCGGCGAUGUCCCGCUUAACAAUGACAACGCGUGAUAUUUUUAUAUAGCAAGUAGCUUUUUGAAUUGCAUUGAAUUUCAAUUAUAGUUGAUAAAUCAAAUCUGUCAAUUCUUCCAAUGUAUAGUUCAAUAGCGAAUAAGAUACGGAUCUUCUGCUAA